CUCUCUACGCCAACAACAAACAACUCAGCCACCCUCCUCUCUCUCUAGCCUCUACACUACUGCGCUCGUCUCUCCCUCUCGCAGCAACAGCAGCCACAGCCAGCGAGGGAGCAGCGGGUGGGUGGGUUGGUUGCUGCCCUCUCCUCCUCGUCUCCGCACGCUCGACACUGUUCCCCUGUUCGCGGCCCCCACUGCGCUUGCGCUUCGCUCGCUCGCUCGCGGCCAUGGCCUCCCCGCUCCGGCACUGACCUUCUCCCACCUCGCGCGUCUCGGGCGGCGAGUCCUGGGGUUGUGAUCCGGGUUGGAUCUUGGAGGUGUUCGGGGCGGAUCUGAGGCGCAGGAGGAUGGAAGGCGCCGUGGCUGCCGAUGCGGAUGCGGUGCCGGCGAAUGGGAUGGGAGGGGAGGACUACGUCGUCGCCGUGAAGGCCGCCGAGGAGCAGGACGCUGCCGUUGCGGCGGAGGCCGUGGCGGAGACGGAGGGCGGCGAUCACGGGGAUCUCGCCGACGGGGAGUCGGCGGCCGGAUCUGCUGCCGCGGUGGCGGCUCCCGAGGGGCCGGCCAAGGCGUCGACCAAGAAGGGUGGAUCCGGGGAAGCGAGCGGGAGGAAGAAGGGGAAGGCGCUCAACGGCAGCAAUAAGGUGGCGCCGGCCUCGGCAGCGGCAGCAGCCCGCGGGAAGAAGCCUGGGCUGUCGCCAAGUGCCUCUUUUCCUGCGAGAGGGGCCGCCGCUGCCAAGAAGGGCAGUGCGGUGCCAAAGCAAGCCAAGCCGGAGGGGAAGGGUGCCUUGCCCAAUGGAUCUGCAGCGGCGGCUGGGCGGGGAACGGAGAAGAAGGUGAAUUCGUCCCAGACGCCAGCUGCCACUCGUCGUUCCAUGCCUAUCAAGCCUGAAUCUGUGGACUCGACUCCAAAUGAUGCUUCUGAAGUUCAAGAGUCAAAUGAGAACACUACUAAAUCUUUCCGGCAGUCGCUUCCAGCAAAAUUGGAGGAUGAUGUGCACUCCACGACAUCUAGCACCAAUACUCAACGCAAGAGUGCUGCUGCUGGUUUUAGUUUCCGAUUGGAGGAGCGUGCCGAGAAGCGCAAGGAGUUCUUAAAAAAACUUGAAGAGAAAAUUCAUGCCAAGGAGCUUGAACAAACUAAUUUACAGGAAAAAUCUAAGGAGAGCCAAGAGGCAGAAAUUAAACGGCUUAGGAAGAGCCUGACAUUUAAAGCAGCACCUAUGCCAAGCUUUUACAAGGAGCAGCCUCCAAAAGUUGAGUUGAAAAAGAUCGCGCCAACACGUGCUAGGUCACCAAAGCUUGGUCGGCACAAGCCAGCCAGUUCUGCUGCUGCUGCUUCUGCAGAUGGCUCUGUCGCAUGUGAGAGCCCUCGGAGCACAACUAAUUCGGCCAAGGUAAACAAAGGUGCUGAAAACAACAAACCUCAGGUUCCUGCUAGGAAACCUGUCCAGAGGUCGGUCACAAAAGCUCCAUCCCCAGCUUCUGGCACUGCAAAGGCUGAAACAAGACCCCUUGCUACAAAGCAGAAAACCUCAGGCACAAAGCCUAGAAUUUCGAGAGCGAAGGUAGAGCAGUUGCAAGACAACCCAGUCGAAAUCCCCGCUGCAGAACCUUCCACCACAGAAGGGCUUGCUGCUGAGCACAGUAUUGAAGACGCGGCAGGACCUGAUCUUGCUGCUCCUCUGGCCACUUCAAAUGAAGUACCGGUCCAAGGUUGACUGGUUGCGCAUUUUGUUCGUUUCAUCCUUCUUGCAGUCCUGUGAAUAGUGAGGUGUGUGCUUCAUGGAAAGUUAAAUUGCUCAAGGUACCAUGGAAAUACUGUUUUUCUGGAGUAGACAUCUCUUCUUUUUCCAGCUUGUCAUUGCCAUGUAUAUUGUUUGAUAAUUUCUUCCAUGUUUAAAUUUUUUGAAUUCUGUGUAUAUUGAAUUUGUAAGUGAAUGGACAUCCUAGGAUCGUUGCAGGGCACCGCGUGCAACUUGUGGAUUCUUUUGUGUUUAAAAGAUGAUAUUCCAAUGCCCCCUUUACCUUAAUA